UGACAGUAGCUGUCAAGUGUAUUUGUUUGGUUGAAAAUUGGAAGAUUUUUGGUUACGGAAAAUACGAAAACGAAGUUAUUAAAAUUGUCUUUUGCAACAAAAAAUAUUUACUUAGACAUGGCUACAUAUGACAACAAAAUCUGGCUCCUCAAAAAUAUUAGAGAUGCUUUCAUUGCAACAGACGACACUGGUUUGUGUGAGAUAGUGAUGGCUGGUGAAGAUUUCUCUAAAAUAUUUCAAAACAAAGCUUUCGAAGACAGGAAAAGAAUUAGAGAAAGCCGACUGAACCAACCGAGUACUAGUAAAGGCAAAGAAGGUAAAGGAGACGUUUCUGAAGAAGAUGAGAAGGAAAUCGUGACCCAAUUCGACCCAUAUCCAGAUAUGGAGGACAGUGAGGACGACGAUUUGAUGUGUGGCAGCUACAUCAGAUAUGAAGAAUUUGGUGGACACAGGCAAAGAUCCAAUACUGCUCAGUGGUUAGACAAAAAAGAACAAGCUUUAAAAAAGGCAGCUAAAAUCAAAGUCAUAAAAUGGGACGACACAUCAACACAACUAACAUCAGAGCAGAUGGCCGAGAUAUUCUCUAGAAUGGAAGUGAAGAAACCUGAGAAGUUAAAGUCUUUGCUUGCUGAGCAAAUGGAGCAGUGCCCUGACCUGCCUCAUCGUCAGUAUCUCGAAUAUGCUAAAUUUGACGGGACAGCACAGCUCGGCUUGCCCACCAAAUCAUUCAAAAUCUUCAUGACAAUGCUACCUGAAAAACAUCAGAACUACCCUUUGGUGGUGUGCAUCAUAGCCCAUGCUAAGAUCAAGGAUUUGAUUGGCUUUACAUGCUAUAAAUACAGCAUUGAACACCCUGAUAUCACUCUUGGAUCUGUGCACGACUAUGGGUUAUGUAUCGCUGAAGACGAUGGGGAAGUGGACUGGGCAUUCCCUUGCCUUGAUGCCAACGAGCCUUGUUCGAAGUUUGGCUUCACCUGCCUCGGCCUUGUAGACUUGAAAAGCAAACACUACUUCACACAUGCGCCUAUAUCCAUACCGGAGGAUGGCAUGCUUGAAGUGUUUCCUAAAGCAACGGAAUCAGGUCAUAGUCAACACAACCCAUCAAGGCACAACACUGGAGGCAGUGCCACUUCUGAAGCAGUUAGGAAAGCUAUUAAUGCUGUUGCUGAAGAGAAAAGAGGCCAGGAAUCUGAACUAGACAAAAUACAAUCACAUUUGAUAGCAACAGAUGCACCUCAGUACAAAACGUAUAGAGUGUAUUUAUUGCGUAAAGUGCGAACGAACACUUUGGUGCAGUUGGGAGUGUCACUAGAGAGGAUAGAGGUGGAACCACUGGUAGCACACAAACACGCAUUUUGGUCAAGAUCAAAAUACUUUCGACUGAACAUAGACUCGAUAGCGUGGUGUCAAAUACUGGAAGCGAAAGCAAACAAAACUACAUUUCGAAUAGUCCACUCGCCGACACACAACUUGGGAUUGUUAGAUCGAAGCAAUUCAGGUAACGCAAGUUUCUUCCAUCCAAAUACAGCCUACAAAAUAUACGAUUUCGAAUGUGAACACGAUGUCGCUAGAGAAAUCGUUGACAAAGUGAACACAAUUCUCGACCUAAGGAAUAGCCCGUGCCGCCGUGAAUACAAGACUUCUAAAGACAAGAAACUGCAAACGAGAAGAAGCUUACACACAAGGCAUUUGAGUUGAGUUUCAUAAAGACUGCAUGACUAGUGUAAUAUGAAGUUCCCCAUUGAAAGUUCCUGUUCAAAUGCAUUCUAAUUUAUCUAUUAUCCCAUUGAAAAGCAUUGGGAUAAUAAUAUGUUCAGUACGUCCAUAAGCUCUUUGAAAAUAAAUUGGUCAUUUUUUAAUUUUAUUCAAAUAAAUUCUCUACUACUAAGUCAAUACUGUAAAUAUUGAUUGUUACCAAAAUCGUGGGGGCCUACUUGAUCCAUUACUAUCCCAGUGUUCAUGAUUAGUGACAAAAAAUCAUCAUACUACUAAUUAUCGUUUUUGCCAGCUUUACAAAUCUAAGGACUAGGGAUGUUAUGGAUAUCCGUAACCGUAACCGAAACUUUCGGAUAUCCGUGAUAAAAAAAAUAUCCGAAACCGUAAUCGAUUCAAAAGAUUCGGAUAGUUUCGGAUUUUGGCAGUUUGAAUUGUUUUUUGUAUAGCAUAACAGCCUGAUUUACCUUCAUAAUGCCAUCUAGUAUCAAUUUUUAUUUUUUUAUUACUUUUUAUUCGAUGUAAAGUGUGCGGCCAUGAAUGAACCGUGUUGGACAACUAUUGCAAAUUGCAUUCUAAACAUAGAUAUCCGUAACCGUAACUGAAACUUUCGGAUAUCCGAAUUAAAAAAAUAUCCGUAACCGUAACCGAAACCGGUAUAUUAUUCCUAUAUCCGUAACCGUAACCAUAACCGAAACUACAUAUCCAUAACAUCCCUACUAAGGACACUGCAUAUGUUGCAGAAAAAUAUGUAAACCCAAUGCUAAUACUAAAAUUAGCAGUUAUUUGUGUUUGGGAAACUAGCCGUUAGUCGUAACUAUAGUUAAGUAAUCAUGAUCGACACAUCACUGCCACAUAGCUUGGUGAGCGCUGGGCCUUACUUAUCGUAAGUUUAAUUAUUAAUUUAUUGUUUUAGUCCAAAUGAACUUUAAUGAAUUGUCAACUUAAAUGAAAUUGCAUUUUUUUACGUACAGAAAUAUUAUGAAUCAUGUAAAUACCUAGUUUAGUCCAAGUCCAUUACGUUGGUAACUGACAAAGGCUUCCAGCUGUAAUUCGUAACACGGUUGAUAUUCUCAAAACAAUAUUGUUGUAUUUUUUAUUAAUUUUGUACUAAACCACAUAAAAAUGGGAUCACACCAAAGCGUUCGUUAUUUAUAAUUUACUGAUGUAUUAUUACGCUUUGAUGUAUCUCAAAUUUAUGAACUCAUGUUGCAUGUGUGUAAUAGUGUGUUGAAUUAUUAUUGAAUUGUAUGAAUGUAGUGGGAUUAUUUAAUUUUGCCAAAUGCAAUCAUGUCUUUCUGAGAGUAUAAGUGCUGACAUUAUUGCUGUUUAUGUAAUUAAUUUUAAAUAUUUUUGUGUUAAAAAUCUCAAAGUAUUGAAUAAUUAGGAAAUUCAUUUUCUUAGAUACAGAGUGAAGACUUGAAAUCAUUUGGUUAUUAUUGGUACUACUAAAAUUAAUAUUUUUGAAAUAAAAUAGCUUUUACUCUUUCCUUCGAGGUAUUUUAAUCUAUCUAUAUAUAUAAAAGAAAGUCGUGUUAGUUACUCCACUUAUAACUCAAGAACGGCUGAACCGAUUUAGCUGAAAAUUGUCAGGGAGGUAGUUUAGAGCCAGGAGAAGGACAUAGGAUACUUUUUAUCCCGUUCGAAAUUAAAAAAAAAAGUCUGCUUAUUUAUUGCCAUUAAGGCGGAACAAAGUUCGCCGGGUCAGCUAGUAUAUAUAUAAAAGAAAGUCGUGUUAGUUACUCCACUUAUAACUCAAGAACGGCUGAACCGAUUUAGCUGAAAAUUGUCAGGGAGGUAGUUUAGAGCCAGGAGAAGGACAUAGGAUACUUUUUAUCCCGUUCGAAAUUAAAAAAAAAGUCUGCUUAUUUAUUGCCAUUAAGGCGGAACAAAGUUCGCCGGGUCAGCUAGUAAUUUGAUAAAAUGAAAUUGGAUUCAGAAUGAAUAAGAGAAUAAUUUUAAAACAUGUAAUUGUAUUAUUAAGGAUAAUAAUUGACUGCUUAAAUAAUUACCAAAAACAAGUAUUUUACGAUAAACUGGCUACUGAUUAUCCACUCUGAUAUUUUAAUUAAUAUUGUUGAAAAUUAAAUUGUCUAAUUCCAUUGUAUGAAUUUUAUUAAUGUA